CAUCUUCAUCCCCUGCAAACCUACAAGGGAGAAAAAAAAUAGUUGGCAUGUAUUAAUCGGAAUCCGAGUCUCACAUGUAUUAAUCGGAAUCCGAGUCUCCGACUCGGAUUUGUACUAGCUCUCCUCCUAUAAUUCACGCGCCACCGCUUGCUUGCAUUGCAUGCGUUCUUUGACACAAGGACAACGUCGCAGAUUCGCAGCCAAGGACGUCGUCCGUGAUGGCGCUCCGACCACCGCGGCCGUGUCCGGCCGGCGUGCAGCAGCGGCAGCACGACGUCGACGGCGCCGGCAACGCCAAGACUUCCCCGGAACAGAAGCUCGAGUUGCUGGACCUGCAGGAGGAGGACGACGAGCUCAUCUUCCUCGACGCCGACGACGAGGAGGGACGCCAGCUGCGCGAGAAGCUGGAGUCGCUGGAGCGGGAGUUCUGCCUGCUGGAUGAGCAGCGGGACAACGCGCUGUUCCAGAUUCACGUGCUGGAAGAGACGGUGCGCUUCCGCGAGGAGCUCGUCAGGCGGCUGACGGCGGUCACCCCCCUCGUCGUCGCCCAGCUCGACGAGGUCGUCGACGAGCACCACGCCGUCGUGACGCUGGGCGACGGAUGCGAGAGGAAGAUGUGCGUCGGCGUCGCCGGCUCGCUCGACCGCGGCCUCCUCAAGCCCUCGGCGAACGUCGCGCUGAACGGCCGGUCGCUCGCGCUCGUCGGCGUGCCCCCCUCCGACGUCGCCGCCUGCUCGGCCGCGCGGUUCCUCGUCGCGGACGCCGACAAGCCGGGCGUCGCCUACGACGACAUCGGCGGGUGCGAGGCGCAGAAGCGGGAGGUGCGCGAGGCCGUGGAGCUGCCGCUGACGCACCCGGAGCUCUUCGCCGCCGCCGGCGUCGACCCGCCGCGCGGCGUGCUCCUGCACGGCCCGCUGGGCACCGGGAAGACCAUGCUCGCCAAGGCCGUCGCGCGGGAGACCUCGGCGGCGUUCUUCCGCGUGAACGCCGCCGAGCUCGCGCGGCACGACGGGCCGAGGGUGGUGCGCGACCUGUUCCGGCUCGCCAGGGACAUGGCGCCGGCCAUCGUCUUCAUCGACGAGGUGGACGCGAUCGCGGCGGCGCGGCAAGGCGGCGACGACGACGACGGCGGUGCCAGGCGCCACGUGCAGCGCGUGCUGAUUGAGCUGCUCACCCAGAUGGACGGCUUCGACGAGUCCACCAACGUGCGGGUGAUCAUGGCGACGAACCGCGCCGACGACCUGGACCCGGCGCUGCUCCGGCCGGGGCGGCUGGACCGCAAGGUCGAGUUCACGGCGCCCGAGAGCCCGGAGGAGAAGCGGCUGGUGCUGCAGACGUGCACGGCGGGGAUGAGCCUGGACGGCGACGUCGACCUCGACGCCCUGGCGGCGCGGCGCGACAAGCUCAGCGCCGCCGAGAUCGCCGCCGUGUGCCGCAAGGCCGGCAUGCAGGCCGUGCGCGACAGGCGGGGCGCCGUGACGGCGGACGACUUCGACAAGGGAUACCUCGCCGUCGUCGGCAAGAAGCCCGGCGACGCCGCCACCGAGUUCCACUUCUACAACUGAUCGCCGGCUUCGCUUAGCAACACAGCUCAUAUCUUUACGCCUUUCACUAGGAAAAGGCAUUGUAUAGCUCCUGCUUGGGCAACGUCUCAAAUGUAUACAAUUAUUCUGUAAUUCACUGAACAAAUUUAAGAUAGAAACACCAGCAAUUUUACCUUCUUUUCAGAACACUAACAGUCUCUUGUAUUUCCUUUGAGAAUACUUGGUUCAUACUACAUAGGAGACAACGUCACCAGGU